UUGUGAAUGGCUGCCCAUGUCUGCCUCCAUAUUCACCUGACCACAAUAAACGGAAACUUUCGACCAUAUUAGGCUUAAAUACCGACGGACUUUCAAGUGCUUACCGGUCUGGAGUUGUUGGUUCCACCAUAAUAUCGACCAAAGACGAGCCUGAAGUUUCUGUUUUUUUCUUUCUGCAUAUGCAUACCUCCUCUGUAAUGACAAAGAAGCACCCAGCUAUGUCAUCUCACGUCACUCAUCAUUGCGGUUCGGACCCGAUUUAUUCUGUGUCCGACAUCACAACGGUCGCAAACUAGGCGCAGGUGCAGCCGCUCACCGAUCGCAUCAAGCCGGGUCCCAACACAUGCGUCCGACCCCAAGAUCUGCAGUCUUUUCUCCGUCGUAAACUGAUUUUGCGCCACUGUGCACGCAUUUAGUACAUGGUGCUUUUGGGCCUAGGAAUAAGAUGCUUCCGAGCUCCUGGUUCACAGAAUCAUGGCGGUCUGCUUGCUGAUUAGCUUGCCCUUGGUUACACGCGAGGGGCCACCGACUUAAUCUUCAACUCAGCGGUAUAGGUAAGAGAUAUGAAGCGAAUUCCUGAAAUCUUCAGCUCCAUGUCUUGCAGCCAUUUAGCAGCCACCUUAACCCCCCUUGAACGAUCUGUACGACACCGCUUGCGCAAUGGCCUCCUUUCCCUUGAUGAUCUAAAGACAGUCGCACAUGUACCACGAUGGCUUCAUUUGUCCUCGUGACAGUCUGCCCGCCAAUUCAGUGCAGACUCUACGACCAGACCUUUUCUGCAAUGUCUGAGGACACCUCAAAGCGAGUCGUAACAAAUUACCACUAUGGCUUCGGAUGAUUUUCUGCAGGGCUAGGCUGGGUUGAGUCCGAUGGUCAUUGUCUCUCUCUUCAUUUUUUUGGGUUUCAGUCCGGCCGGUGCCUUUGGUUGUUUUUAAUAAUGUUUCGAUCCCCAAAUCAUGUUUGUUUGAAAAUUGUGUCAAGCAAGAACUGGACUCGUAUCUUUUCUAUAAGUCCUAGAUUCCCAGCCUCAAUUCCAGCACAUUUGGAAAAAAUAGUGUUCAUUGUUUAUCUGCAACAUACCACAUCAAUUGCUCGGAGGUUUCUGUCCACAAGCGUCGACACCCGGAUUCGUGCUCCGGAUAUCCCCAAUUCAAUCUACCGUGAUACCCCCCACCGGAAGUCAACACUCGGGACCUUGCGAACUGCGUGCGCUGGGGUUCAAGGGUUCCUCAACUCGGCUUAUAAUUCAUAUUCAGCCGUCCCAACGAGGUGGCUGCCAGUUGCUUUUUAAGACAAAAUGCUGGUCGGGUCGAUCAACGUUCCCUACAAAUUCUUGCCAAAGGAGCAUUACCAGCAUGCCGUACUGAAUCGACUUUUAAUCUCCUUGGUGAAGCUAGAAGUUCGCAACAAGAAGUUUGGUGACAAGAAUCCUAACAUUCGGGCUUUUCGUCGCACCAAGGUUGUUCCCAUUUUGGACGAGAACCACACAAGGACUGGACAGUUCAGGAAGCACAGGGCUCUGAACCUGCGUCGGUAGAAACUUUUUUGCUGUUGCAAACAUCCUCUCCCAGAACCACUUGUAAUCUGCGACAUAACAGAUUAUGUCACCACACAAACUCAUGGAGACCAAUGAGGUUCAGCCCGCAAAGGGCCGCCACUGGAUCAUGGGCGCUGAGGCCUUUGAGAGGCGGAUGCCGCACCACGAUGGAAUCAAGGCGCUUUGGGAGACAAAGUGGAAGUUUCCUUGCACAAAAAGUCUGUACCCCUUCCAUGAUGGUAAAUACGAAGACUUUGAGCCCAUAUUCACCCACCUGAUCGCCAACGAUAUCAACGACGGCACGUCCCCCGAGUACACGCGGGCCUUUUUCCCCAUCGCCGAGGCGCUCGUGGCUCGGGCAGAUGCCGCAACCGCUGGUAGCGCCGAGGCUACGGAGCUGUACCUCCGGGCCUGCGCCGUGUACCGCAUCGCGCGUUUUCCAUACAUCACUGCCUACCCUCGCGUCAACUGCCCCGUUAAGUGGGAGGCCUGGGAGGCGCAAAAGGCGGCGUAUCUGCGCUGCGGCCGGGCCUGGGCCGAGCCUGUCCAAGAGGUCAUGGUUGCGCACACGCACCGCAAGGGCAAUGACCGUGACUCCAUCCCCGUUUACGUCAGGGUCCCCAAGGCCACGGCUGAGAGCGGCGGGCCUUGUCCGGCUGUCAUCCUCAUGACGGGUUUGGAUGGCUACAGGCCUGACAACACGGUCCGUUGCGACGAGUUCCUGGCCAGGGGCUGGGGCGUAGUCGUCGUUGAGAUUCCAGGCACCGCUGAUUGUCCUGCCGACUCGGCGGACCCCGAGAGCCCUGAUAGAUUGUGGAGCAGUUUGUUGGAUUGGAUGGCAGCCUUGAAGAUCUUUGACAUGCGCCGGAUCCUGGUCUGGGGGCUUAGCAGCGGUGGGUACUACGCCAUCAGAAUCGCCCACACCCACAAGGAUAGGUUGGUGGGCUCCAUUGCGCAGGGUGCAGGGUGUCAUUACUUUUAUGACCGCGAUUGGCUUGAGAAGGCUGAUGGGCAUGAGUAUCCCUUCAAAUUGACGCCAGCCAUGGCGAUGAAGCAUGGUUACGAAUCCGUCGAGGAGUACAAGGAGGGCGUCCAGAAGAAGUUCUCGCUCCUGGAAACUGGCAUCAUCAACAUGCCAUCCACCAGGCUCUUGCUCGUCAACGGCACACUAGACGGCCUGAUGCCCAUCGAGGACUCGAUGAUGCUGUUCGAGUACGGUUCCCCCAAAGAGGCACGCUUCUUUACCGAUGCCUUGCACAUGGGUUACCCCUUGGCCAACGGUGCCGUCUACCCCUGGAUGGAGAGCGUGAUGGCUUCAGUACAGUGAAAACGGGAUGUUUUAGGCUCAAGGUUCGGGCUGUAACUGGUUAUAAUCCAGAGGUUGUUGUGGCUACAUGAAACGCACCAUUCCAAGGGCAGCAUGAUUUGAUGAUUCGUCCUCUAUGUUCUUAUUGACAGAAUUUAUGUACAAAUAUGUUUCGUUAACGCAGACCCCCUACUCUGCCGGCUUCUGUGUCGACAUCUUGCCGUCCUUGUCGUAAAAGACCUCGCACACCUUGACCGACCGCAGAUGAUCAAUCCCUCCGCUGAGCUCACAGUCGUGGUGGAACAGGUACCACUUGCCCUUGAACUCGACGAUGGAGUGGUGCGUCGUCCAUCCCAAAACAGGCUCGAGGAUCCUCCCGCCGUACGUAAACGGCCCGUAGGGAGAGUCACCGACGGCGUAGCACAGGUAGUGGGUGUCGCCGGUCGAGUAGGAAAAGUAGUACUUGCCGUUGUACUUGUGCAUCCAGGCGGCCUCGAAGAAGCGCCUGUCGUGGUCGUCGGCCAGGAUGCGCUCGCCCGUCUCGGGCGCCAGGAUUUCGAUCUCGCGCACCUCCUCGUCGAACUGGCGCAUGUCGCGCGUCAGCCGGGCGACCUUUGGCCCCAGCGCGUAGACGCCUUGGCCAGAGGGUUCGUGGGGCCCCUGGAGCGAGGCGUCAAACACGUCGUUGCCCUUUUGGUAGCACUGAAGCUGGCCGCCCCACAGCCCGCCAAAGUACAUGUACGCCUCUUGUUUCGCGUCGUCGUCGUCGACGAACACGGCCGGGUCGAUGCUGAAGGAACCCUUGAUGGGCUCCGGGUCCGGGGUGAAGGGCCCCUCGGGCUUGUCGGACACGGCGACGCCGAUGCGGAAGAUGCCCUGCUUGUCGCGGGCGGGGAAGUAGAGGUAGUACUUGCCGUCGCGCGUGGCGGCGUCGGGGGCCCACAGCUGCUUGGACACCCAGGGUAUGUCCUCGGCGCGGAGGGCCAGGCCGUGGUCCACGACCGGCUCGGCCGGGUCGAUGCUGCCGGUGGAGAAGACGUGGUAGUCGGCCAUGUCGUACUGAUCGCCGUUGUCGUUGAACUUGAUGUCGGUCUCGCGGUCGUGCGACGGGUAGAUGUAGAUCCUGUCGUUGAAGACGUGGGCCGACGGGUCGGCCGUGUAGAGGUGGGAUAUCAAGGGGGCCAUUUUGUUUUCUUUUUUGCGACUAUAGCGUUGUGGUUUAGGCUGGGAGUUUGUCAAGAUGACAAGUCGAUGAUGGACCAGGUCAAAAUAAAUCGAGGUUGAACUCGGGACGAAAGAUGCAGCAGCUCAAAAAGAGCCUGUUUGUCCCCUAGAUAUAAAAUCCCGCUUCCCCUCAUCCUGACUUGGCGUGUCCGCGCGGGUCUGUCGAUGUCGAGGUGAUUGAUGAUGCUCAUCCGGGUCUAUGGAACCUGGAACCACCCAUCUGUUGAAUUUACCCCGAUUUAGCCGGCGACUUUACCACAUGGCUGGAUAUUCCAACAUAGGCUACUAUCAAUCACGCAGCCGCCAAUGUGACUGACGAAGAGGAGAAAUUACCAACUGCGCCUGGACCUCCAUUUUGCAGGUGGGUAACACCUGAGGAAUUAGACAGCUUGCAUUGAUCCUCGUCUCUCUGUUUUCCUAUGAAGAUGCGCAGAUUCCAACACACACGUCGAUUGUUUAUGCUUUAAUCCCCCCUCCAAUCCCGCUGGGAUACCGGGC